AUGAAGGUUAGUAUUCUUGUUAUCAACAUUGUCUUGCCAAUGCUGGUAUCCAUUGGUUUAUAUACUUAUGGAUUAAUAAGUAUACGUUGGAGUUUUAUUGAUAAAAAUUUAAUGGAUCAACACAAUUCAACAAAUAAACAACAAGAAGAAUACAUGGAAUUAAAUAACAAUAAUAACGUUCAAUUCGAAAGUCUAUUUAUUCGUCAUGGAUUUCGUUCACAUUAUGGUCUAUUUGGUUAUUGCAUAGAUUAUAAAUGGCUUUAUUUAUUUACAAUAAAAUCAAAAUCUAAUAAAGAUUUAUAUUGUCCACAAUGUGAUUCGCCAUCGACCUGUCCUGAAACAGGAUGUUGCAUGAAAAGAUGCAAUAACAUACCCGAUUGUCCAUCCUAUGCCGAUGAACAUGGAUGCAAUCGUCCAUUCAAUGAAACACGCUACUAUUGGAAAGAAGGAAAUUGCAUAUGGCAUCCAAUAACCAUUGAUAAUGAAGAUAUACCACGCUAUUUAUCAUCGUAUUCAACAUCACCACGAGAUUUUCAUCAUUAUUUAAAACGCUUACGUCAUUAUGUAAUGCUUCUUUUAUUUGUUGCUGCACCAUUAUUAACAUUAAUGUCUUUAUUAAUAUUAUUUUGUGUAAAUUGUAUUGAUCGAUUUUAUUCAAUACCAUUUGCAUUCGUUAGUUUAUUCUCCUUAUUGUCAUUUAUAAGUGGUUCGGGUGGUUUAGGAAUAUUUUUAUACGAAUGGAUAUAUGAACGUACAUAUCGACCUGAUUUUACAUAUGAAUUAAAUCAAAAUCAAUCGUUAAUUCUAGCAUUAAAUCCAUGGAUUAUUAAUGUCGAGCGUUUAGGUUUAGCUUUUUGGAUUGUAGUCGCUGCUAUUGGUACAAAUUUAUUUACAACAAUCCUUAGUUGCUGUUUCUGUUGUGGAUUACAAACGGAUAAAUCGAAGUUUCGAAUACAUAUUAAGAAUGAUAAAUAUGCGAUUGUUCAUACAAGUCCAUAUGAUGAAUGA